GGUACCCAAAACGCAGACUCAUGGCCCUUCCUCAGUUGCCCCGUGUUCUUCUCAGCAUCGCCGUCCUCUUGGCCGCCAUUGUUGGCGGUCUUUACCUUCAAAUACGGCCGUUACUGCUUGCUGGAGGCCUUGGACGUGUCAUUGAGUCUGUCGGGAACCGCAAUUGCUCGAUGGUGCCAGAACUGCAAGCAUGUGAAAAGGUCGUGCUCCAUCAGCCCACAGGUAAAAUAUACCUCGCAUGCUCAGCUCUCGAAACUCGUGUUUCUUGGACACCGGCUCUCAAUCGUUUGGACGCGACUGGCGUGUCAGGGCAAGAUUAUGUCGCGACAUAUGAUCCCUCAACGCAUGGUAUUACCCGUUUGAAGUUGGCUGGUUUCAACUCGACGCGCGGCAUACACGUACAUGGCAUGGACGUCGUCCCUUCAUCUGUUGAUCCGUCAUUGCUCUAUGUUUAUCUCGUGAAUCACCGACCACCGGCCUAUGGCGAUGCAAAGAAGCUCGGGGCCGAUUCUGUCAUUGAAGUUUUCAAGACUCGCCUCGGAAGUGAUGUGCUCACACAUGUGCAAACCUAUGCAGACCAGAUCAUCAUCACUCCGAACGAUGUCGUUGGUUCCUCCGACGGGAACAGCUUCUACUUUACAAAUGACCAUGGUUUGAAGACGGGGCUGAGAAGACUCGUUAGCACACUCCUUUUGACGCCCGACUCGUCCGUUGGCUUCUGCCACGCUGAUCAAGGAUGCAAAUACGCCAUCACAGGCUUACACAGUAGUAAUGGCAUCACCCGGGGUAAGAGUAUGAACGACACAUUUUAUGUCGCAGACUGUGGACUGGGUGAUGUCAAUGUCUUGGAGAGACAGUGGGACAACACACUCGUUUUGACAGAGGUCAUCAAAACAGGCACGGCGCUAGACAAUCUUGCCUUGGAUGAUGAUGGUGCCGUAUGGGUUGCUGGACUUUCGGAUGCCAUUGGCCUACUUACUAAAUUUUCCGAUCUCUCAUACAAAGUGGCUUCAUCAGCUUUCCGGAUCACUAUCAACUCAGGACCUAGUUCAUUCUAUGGUGAGAGGUACCAAGUAGACAAGGUGUUCGAAGAUUCAGGUGAAAUUGCCUCGGGUACCACGUCCGUAGUAUAUGAUUCCCAGAGAAAGAGACUGUUUUUACAUGGAAUUGCUUCUCCUCAUCUAGAUUUUCUCUUCGUAUCUCAUCGUUCUGGCUACAUAUAUUAAUGGAUUACACACACUAGUACGUUAUCGCUUUCACAUAUUUAUCUUCAUAUGCCACAGUCGUUUGCAAUCCCCUUCGUUCAAGUUGCUGUUCGUGUUCAUGUUGAUUUUACGCUAGUGUGAUCCAUUGGUGUAACUAGUACCCACUAUCUCUUAUUGUCUCUUAUUGUGAUCUUCGUUCUGCAUAUCCCCUAUUGUUAUCUUUUCGUGUGCGUAACGCUCUGUACAACAAUGAUAAAGCUUAUCUGCAUGGGUGUCACAAAUAGUAAAGUUCAAGGGCGUUCUACGA